AUGAUUGAUCUUGAGCACGAAGCUUUACACAACGGAAACCAUCCUGAUUAUAUAGACCUUCGUCCUCCAUUGGAUCUCUUGGAUCCUGAGAGUUUGUGGACCUUCGAUUCAUUUGCUAGUUUUCCCAGAUUUCACAUUAUCAGCAGUAAUCCCGUCAAGGACAGGCUCUGCGCUUUUCGUCAGCUCUUCGAAUCAACGCGCGUAGAUCUAGGUGUCGUUGAAUCUUCCAAUACUAUGCAAGCUGUCCUUUCAGCAGCAACGGGCCUUGAGGCUACUAGAACGGGCGUUACCCGGUAUACCGUGUUCAACCUGAUCUUAACCACUAGCCCGAAACGAGUAACGCCACCGAUUGCCUUCGAGAAAGCCGUUUUCGACACGUCGCUUCGAUCCAGCUCGGCUUCUCAGAGGGGGGUUGAACAGACAUACGACGAAGUUGAUCAGCGAAUACUCGAGGAGCUUACCGGGCGAGUCUAUUAUGAUAUCGGAGGUUUCUACGAACAAUACUUUAAAGGGAAGUCCUGGACAAAGAAUACGAGGGAUAUCUACGGAAAGUCGAGGGCCCAAUAUGCAGAAAGCCGUUGGAGCGGGUGGCCAGAGCCUUCACUUCAAGGUCCAUUUUUUAAGUGGUUCAUGAAAUUCCAGGACACUAUUCUCAGCGGACUUGGCCGCAGGUAUUACACAUCAGCGAACAAAGUGUUGAGGGGCUCGGAGGCUGAUCGCAAGCUUGACAUUUUUCUCACUCCUGCCGACGCUGUCCUACUCCAUGGCGAGCACGACUGGUCAAAUGUACUUGUCAUUGGGGAACAUAAACAGAAUCCCGAUGAUGAUGGCUCUACAAAAACAUUGGUACAGUUGGCAGGGUAUGCGCGUGAGGUGUUCGGAAGUCAACCGGAGCGGCGAUUCGUCCCUGGUUUUACGAUCUGCGGAAGCAUGAUGCGACUCUGGGUGUUCGACAGAUCUGGCUUGUACAACUCCGAGAAGUUCGAUGCACACAAAGAGCCUGAGCGAUUUAUUAGGGUUAUUGCUGGAGGAAGAUCAGGGAGUAGUGCGAGUCGCGUGAUAGGCAUAGGAAUUGGUGUAAGUACAUCUUCCUCUGGACAGGAAAGAAAAAGGAAUGAAAGACUUGAUCGGGGGAGCAGACUGAAGAGAUCUAAAUACGACGGUAGUUAUGCUAGCGGGACAAAUGUGCGUGCUCAAGAAGGCGAGCUAGACACAAUCGGCGCUCUCAGUAUUCAAGAAACGGUGGUCGACAGUUUGGCCGACUGCCGGAAUGAGUGGCAGCGGAAUAACGUCGACUGUAUUCAAGAAGCCGGAGUCGACAGUUUCACAGACUAUGAAUGUGAGACGUACAGCAACCGAGUGAACUACUGCUUGGUAACUUCACCGGCUGGACGAUCUCUCCGCGAAUAUCAAUCAGUUAGAGAGCUUUUAGAGGUGCUACGCGAUGCUAUCCGAGGUCAUAGGUCGCUACUAGAGGAUGGAAAGAUUCUUCAUCGGGAUAUCUCCGAAAAUAACAUCAUCACCGAGCUCCCUGCUGAAGGUGACCCGAAAGGAAGACUAAUUGACUUGGACUUGGCAAAGGAGCUGGACAGUAUGCCGAGUGGGGCUCGUCACCGGACUGGCACAAUGCAGUUUAUGGCGAUCGAGGUUCUUGAAGGCAAAGGUCACACGUAUCGGCACGACCUCGAGUCAUUUUUUUACGUUUUCUUAUGGAUAUGCGUCCGAUAUGGCUACGAAGGUACCGACGAAGCAACUGGGGUGUUAGCAUUAGGAGGCAUUUCUUGGGGAGGUAAAGCGAAUUUGGAUCUUUUUCUUUUUGGGCACAAAGGGUCUGGAGAAAACUGUACGAUACAAUGA